GAUGUUUUCCCUGCCCUCUUCCCUCCCAUUGGCUGGGCAGCUGUCAAGAGCCCAGGCACUAGAUGGGGCGAUAAGCGGCUGGGGUAUAUCUAGGGAAGGGCCCUGGUGUUCCUCUCCUGGGGAACUCUGCGCCCUGGCCCUGCAGGUGGGGAGAAUGCCUGUCCAGCCCCGGCACCACCUUUGCUACUGGCUGCUAAUCCCUCUCCUGCAGUGGGGGUGCGGGGAGCUGACCUACGGGGACCUCGAGGAUGAAAGUCAUUACCUGUAUUUGGAGGAGGACGGCCCCUUUACCGAGGAGGGCAGGUCGGCCCACUGCAGGGACACCUACCUGGAGUGGAUCUCCCUGUACUGUUGGACCACCUUCCACGCCACAGUCAUGGCCACGCCGGAGAGGAGCCGGUGUCAGUGGGAGCAGAUCAGCAGGACCUACAGCGACCUCUCCAACUGCACGGUGCUGAUGGCUGAGGCUCUGUCCUGCCCCUGGCCCAGCCCUGCUCUUGACUCCUUCUUCCUGCAGAUCCACAUGGAGUAUUUCACCAACUGCACCAUGCCUGCCGGCCCCCAGCCCAGCCAGCCACCUCUGGGGCCUGUCCUAGCCAUGGCCGCCAUGCCUGCCUGCCUGACCCCUCUCCUGGUUGCUCUCACGCUCCGCAGGGCCAGGGAGAAUGAGCCAAAGCCAGAUCGGCCCCUCCCUGUGGCACCAUCUGUGCUCAACAGACAAAGGGUUUCUUCUCACGCAGUCCUGGGCACCAACUGGGAAGGAGGAGAGAGUGUCUAGUGGUUGGAGGGUGCUGGGAGCCAGGACUCCUGGGUUCUAUCCCUGGCUCUGGGAGGGGAAUGGGGACCAACGGGUUUGAGUGGGGGCGGGGUUGGGAGCCAGGACUCCUGGGUUCUCUUCCUGGCUCGGGGAAGGGAUGGGGUCUAGUGGUUGGGGGGGUGCUGGGAGCCAGGACUCCUGGGUUUUCUCCCUGGCUCAGGGAGGGGAGUGGGGACUAGUGUGUUUGAGUGGGGGCGGGGCUGGGAGCCAGGACUCCUGGAUUCUAUCCCUGGCUCGGGAAGGGGAGUGGGUGUAAUGAAGUGGGAAUGUUCUUGAUGUGUUCCUUGAAUGCUGAGUGGGGAGCAUUGACCUUGGAAGGUUGCAGGGGAGUUUUGCUGGGACUGCCUGCCUUGGGAAAGGGAGGUUACCUGAGCAUGUAACCUGAGAAGCCAGGAGGGGGGUUGGAGGCCAGGUGACACCUCUCCCGGGGAAACUGGACUGUGACAAACUGGGAAUGUUCUUAAUGUUUUCUCUGAAUACUGUGUUGGUGCCUCAGUGUCCCCAUGGCAGUUCUUAAUAUCUAGGUGGUGGAACAAGGCUCUGUGAUUGCUGCAGAAGAAGGGGCCAGUGCACCUAAAUGCCUGGCACUCUGUCUCCUGGCAACUGAUGGCCUGGGCCCCUCCUCUGCAAAGGUGCCAGCUGAAGGUGUUGGAGACAAAGGGAUCAGGUGACCUCCUGGCCCGGGAAAGGGGCUGAGCAGAGAGGAGGGGCUGGAGGGGGUUGUUAGUCUGGGGCUGGCUGGGGACGAGGAGUGGAGGCAGACGUGGGGGGUCUGGCUCACUGCCCCCCAGAAUGGACCCGGC